AUGGACUUCUCGUCGCUAAUCGGCCACGAGAUCGAGGCCCGCCAGCGGGACGCCGGUGAAUCCACCCGCCGGCGCCGCUCCCGCAAGCGCCGCUCAUCCACUACCGAAGAGGGUAAGCCCACUGAUGGCGAUAACGAUGAGACGCUGACAGCGCCAUCGGCGCCCGACGCGGCGCCAGCGCCGGCGCCCACCGACCUCCUUGAUAUCCCUCGCGAGCCACAACUGAUCGACGAACAGCUCCAGGUGUUCGACGAGGACCCCACGGGCCUCUCCGAAGCCGCCAAGAUCGACCGCCUCCACUACCUCGUGCGUCAGGAGAAGUACAAGCAAUUCCUCGCCGCCGAGGCGUCCGCCACCGCCACCGCCAUCACCAGCACCGACAUCGCCCAUGGCGACCACCAGCGGCUAGCGCUCAGAGUGCGCAAGUUCCUUAAGAGCACCGUGCUCCAAUGGCAGGCGAUCGAGCCCGAGCUGCCCCUCUUAAAGACGGUCAAAAUUGACUUUGUCAAGCUCUUCUACAAGCUCAGGGCACACAAGCUUAGUCCCGACGUGCUCACGUCGUUGGCGACGGUCGUCCACUACCUACAGCGCCACGACUACCACGGCGCCACUGAGAGCUACUACCAGAUGAGCAUCGGCAACGUCGCCUGGCCGAUCGGCAUCCGCGACGUCGGCAUCCACGCCCGCUCCAACGACGACAAGACGACGAAGGCGAUGGCCAAUAUCAUGGCGAGUGACACCACGCGGCGGUGGAUGGUGUCGGUGAAGCGGGUGAUCACCUGGUGCGAAACGGUGACAAAAUAG